AAUUAAUAAAGCACAUCUCACUCAGCUAAAACAAACCAAGUUCUUAAACCCUUAGCCAUCUUAUUAUUAUCAUACACAUACAAUGGCCUCAUCAGUAGUUAUGCAAUCCAUCCUAGCCUCUCCGGUUAAACCAGCCAUUAGUACCGCGAGAAGGUCUCUGUCUGGGAGUGCUUCUAGCCUUCGAGUUAGGUGCAUGGCCAAGGAUGGUCAAAAGGAGGGAUCAAGCCCACAAACUAGUAUUCCAGCUUCUGAAUCCAAGGCAAGCACAAGUUUUUUUGAUGUACUAGCAUUCAGUGGACCUGCACCAGAAAGAAUCAAUGGAAGGCUCGCGAUGAUCGGGUUUGUUGCAGCAAUGGCAGUGGAAGUAUCCAAUGGGCAGGACGUGUUUUCACAGAUUUCUAAUGGCGGUGUUCCCUGGUUCCUGGGAACAAGUGUGCUACUAACACUGGCAUCUUUGGUGCCACUUUUCAAAGGAGUUAGUGUUGAAACAAAAUCAGGGGGACUAAUGACAUCUGAUGCUGAGAUGUGGAAUGGUAGAUUUGCUAUGUUAGGUCUGGUAGCUCUGGCCUUUACAGAGUACAUCAAGGGCAGUGCUCUUGUUUAAGUUAAACAGGUGUAAUUAAAAAUUACAUGUAUCAUUGAGCGUCAUUUCCCAAGUGAUGGGUUUA